AUGAUGAGUGAAAACAAGGAUUUGGGCAUCAACUUAGGCCUCUCGCUGGGCCCCACAAGCCAUGGUGCGGGUGCUAGCAUGACGCUGGCACUGCCCGCUCCUGUUUCCGAGCUCGUGUGGAAAUGUGCCAAACCGAUCACGGCAAACCGCUGGCCAUUUCUCCCCUCGAGGGACAGCCCGGGCCCGGACAAGCCGAUCAUGGCAAACCGCUGGCCCUUUCUCCCCUCGAGCGACAGCCCAUGCCCGGACAAGCUCAAGGGUAUAGGCCGAGUUAAUGAUGCUGCCGAAAACAGCAAGAAGAAUUAUGGUUUGGCCGUCGAGGGUUAUUUCAAUAAACUUCCCGAGAGUGCUCAGAGCAAUUAUAAUAGCCGAUUUGAAACCAAUGCUAGCAGAAAACAAGUCAUGAGCAUAGCUAUUCCUUUGAGUCCCGAACCUCAAAAGCUCACCCAGCCGAAUUCGAGUUCCCAACAAGAAUCGGAUGAUGAAGUCAACUCGGCUCCUGGAAAAGCAAUUGAGAAUAAAAUUGAAAUUCCUAUUCGUACCCCUGGGCCUGUUACUGCUCCAAAUAAGGCAUACAGUUCAUGCCAAAUGGGUCUUCUGUAUGGAGAAAAAGGGAAAGGGAAAGUUAAAGCAUUAUCUGAUGGAUAUGAGUGCAAAAGAUCAUCAAACGACAACCGAGAAAAUGCGGAAAACCACAAUAGUACCAGUUUUUGCUCGAGAGGCGUAAAGAGGUUGCGAAGUGAAGUUGGGAGGAGCAAGACGGCUAGAAUGCGAAUUGAAGAAAGCCAUUGCAUUUUGGGACAUGGUAGCUCGUUCAUGAACUGGGUAUCGAACAUGACGAAGGACAGCUCGGUUUGUAAUAAAAAAUUGGAGUUUUCAUUAGACAACAAUUUGUGUGAAAACGAAAAAGAUAAUAACUCGUGCAGGCAGAUUAUAGUGUCUGAUAGACACAAUAAUUGUGCCCCUGAAAAUACUAAUCAGCCUGCUCCUGGUUUGUGGAUCACUCGUCUUUAUACGAAAAAGAAAGGUUUAGAAGAAGGUAGUCGUGAUAAAAGGGAUUGUGUUUCUGAGGCCCGAGACGAUCCAGCUAAAAGAAUUCAGAGAUUUGCAAGUAAGGGACCUGAUGAUGGUUCGACAAGUUUGGAAACACUAAUUAUGUCGGUUUUUGCAAAGAGAAUGGAUUCUCUCAAGCACAUUAUGGACCCACCGGAAAAAUUUUUAAAAUAUUCGAUGUGCAAAGUAAUUUGCUACUUUUGUGGUGAAAAUGGACAUGAUUUGCGUAAAUGCCCUGAGCUAGCCGAGGCCGAGCUCGAGGAUCUCUUGACGAAAAUCAGUUUAGUUGCUGGGGUCGAGAAAGAGUAUCCGUGCUUGUGCAUUUCAUGCUUUGAGUUGGGUCAUUGGGCGAUUAAGUGCCCUGCCAGGGGUCAAUUUCGGAAUAUUAUUCCGUCAGAUUCCAGUGGCAAUCGAGUGACUGCAGAAAAUGAAGUUGGUGAGACAGAGGUGUUUCGUGCUGUAAGGAAAUUGCGCCUGUCACGCGCAGAUAUUAUCAGAUGGAUGAAUUCUGAUGUCUCUUUAUCGAGGUUAAACGGUUUCUUUCUCCGUUUGAGGCUCCAAAAAUUGGAAGCUAAACUGGAGGGGUCCGGUUACUAUGUUGCUCGAAUAACAGAGGAUACAGAGGGGAAUAUAAUUUGUUGCAGCUCGAAGAAGCCUAUCUUGGUAGAUGUUGGAGGGUUCAAAUUACAUGUCGAGAUCCCAUAUGUGUCCAACCAUGAUUUUGUCGAGGAUGAGAUUAUGGCAUGGUGGGGCAGAAUAAGGGAAGCCGGUGCCCAAAUCCCAUCAUUAGCCGAGUUGGAAACAAAAGUCGAAGAUAAGACGAGUCUAGGUUUUUAG